CUUUCGUGUUGCUUUUACCCUUUGAAAGGGGAACUCGAGGACAAGACAUGUUGUCAUGAAUGGAUUGCAACAACAAUGGAAGAGAGGAAGUUUGAGGAUAUGCUGAUCUUCACCACAUCAGUGCAAACUGACUUGGCUUCUAUGGGAUACCAUGUAGGCUAGCCUUUUGUUUUGGAUCAAUACUUUUAACACUAAGGAAAAAGGCCAUCAUCAACAGAUGCAGCUUCCUCCUGCUUAAUGUAUGGCCAUGGAUCAUGAAGAGGUGCAGACGGAGCUGGACAAGAUUUCCAUGCGUCUUCAGGAGGAUGGCCUGCCUCCGGGGGCCGGUGUGGAGGAGCGGCAGCGCCACCUGUGGCAGCAGCUGCUCGCCAGGGAGGCAAAUCUUCAGUCAGCCACCCAGGAGCUGCAGACUUUACGUACCCAGCAGGCCUGCGAGAUGAAGGAGGUAGAGAGCUAUGUUUCACAUAUUCGUGGGCUGCUGGAAGAGCGCGAGUCUCUUACUUCGGAGUAUGAGAGAGACAAUGAACAGCUGCGCGAAGAGCUACACCAAAUCAGACAACAACAGGAGGGUCAGAGCAAGGAGCUUGCAGAGAUGUUGGCUCAGGAGGAACUCGGGGAGAUGGGCUUGAGCAGCCCCAGUGAGCAGGUGGCGUACCUGCUGGUGGAGAGGGCCACACUACUGGAGAGGCUGGAGGCUGCUGAGAGGAGACUGGAAAGUCAGAGCCUCACCGGCAGCUUCAUGGAAGUCCAGCACCAGGAGCAUAUUCGCCAGACGAUGGGGGAGGAGCUAAGGCAGCACAGGGAUGAUAUGCAGAAAGCCGUAGAUAACAUGACAAAGCAGUGUUCAUCCCAGAGUCCAUGGAAGAAGCUGUUUGGGCUGCGCAGGUCUGGUCAGAGCAAACACAAUAUUACCCCUGCCCACAGUGAGCAGGUUUCCCAGGAGCGAAAUGAGCGCCAUCGGCUGGAGCGGGACCUUGAGGAGGCGUCUAGGAGGCUGGCAAUGGCUCAUCAGGACAUCCGCAGACUCACCAAUGAGCUGGAUGCUGCAAAGAACAACAACCUGGACCCAAGUGGUUCUGAGCUCCAGGGAACACUCGAAGAAGUAGAGAACCUGAGGAAGGAAGUGGACAAACUGAAACACUGUGAUAUGAUGAAGCUGCAGCGAUCCAAAGAGCAAAAUGACAAACUAGAUGUUGAGAACAGAGCUCUGAGGGAGAGAGUCCACACUUUAGAGUCAGAGAAGAGAAAUCUCUUGGACCAGUCGGCAAUACACGACACAGACGUAGAUGUUACCAAAGAGGAUGAAAAGAACAGGAGCAUCAGCAGUGAACCACAAAACAAUCUAUCCGGCUCGCCAACCGAAGAAAAGGAUAACAUGCACAAACGGUGUCAUGAGGCGAUGGAAGACAGGCUUGUUCAGAUGAAGGAUCUGAAACGGCAGCUCCAGAGGAUACGCAAGGAACAGGAAGAGCUGGAGGAGAGGAACGAGGAGCUGGAGGCGCUGCUGGGGGAGGCCCAGAACGCCAGCAAGGGGGAGAGGCACCGGCACGAGGGGGAGCUGGAGGGACUGCACAGGAGGAUCAAAGGGCUGGAGGCAGAGCUGAAGAAGCAGGAUGUCCAAGACAAAAUGUUAAAGAAUGGAGAAGAAGCCACCGAGUCCUUCUUACAGCUGCACCUAAGGGACAGCAGCCUGGAGAGAUUGGCUCUUCUAGAGGCCCGUCUGACGGAGGAGAAGGACUGGAGGAAGCAGCUGGAGGUGGACCUCAGUGCUGCCCAGGCCGCACUCAAAAAAGACAAGGAGGCUUUGCAGAUAGGUGAGCGAGAGCUGAAGAAGCUGAGACUGGAGGUGAACAGCCGUCAGACAGAAUGCCAACAAGGGAAAACACUCAUCAAGAGCCUCACACAAGUCAAGGGGGAGAAAGCAGUUCUGGAGGAAAAGGUGGCUCAGAUGGAGCGAGCCCACAGCCGCCUCCAGAGCGAGUUGGAGCGCUAUAAAGACAUUAACCGGACCCAGGAGGACAGAAGAGAAAGCAGGCUUCAUGUUGACCAGCUGAAGGAGCAGGCUGACCGGCUCACUGCUGAACUGAGCAGCCUGCAGACAGCACACAGCACUCUCAGGGAGGAGAUGGUUUCCGAGCGGCUGCAGACUGCCGAGCUCCAGGCCAAGCUUAGCUCCACUGUCCAGGAGAAGCUGACAGCAAAGGGGGAAAGAGAGAGACUGGAGAUCCAGAUGCAGCGCCUCAAAGAGCAGCUCAAGUGGCAUCAAGAGCGGCUCUCCUCAACAAAGGAAGCACUUCUUAGCAGUCAGAAGCCUGAACUGCACACAGCUCAUAUAGAAUCUAGGCUAAAUCCAGUGGAGAGAACCAAGGAUGAUGAUCAGGAGCUGAAUCAUCUGCAGAACCAGCUGGAGGAGCAGCAGCAGCUGGCCGCUCAGCACCAACUGGCCCUGCAGGCUCAAGUCAGUGAGGCGCUGGCACACAUCAAGUCCCAGGACUCGGUGCUGAGCCAGAAGGCAGAGGAGGCGAAGCAGAUGAAGCAGGACCUGCAGAGGGCCCAGAGCCUGUUCACCUCCGCAGAGAGGGAGCUGCGCUACGAGAAGGAGAAGAACAUGGACACGAAGAGACACAACACCCUGCUGGACCAGGAGAAACUCAAGCUUUGUGCAGAGCUGAAGCAGCUCCAGACCAAGCUGGUGCAGUUGGAGCAGUGCGUUCACUCUCAGGCGGCAGAGUGUGAACGUCAGCAGCAGAGAAUCAGGGAGCUGGAGUUAGAACUGGCGCGUAACUCCACAAACCGCAGCGCCACCACCAGCCUGCAGGAGGACCUGCAGAACGAGAGGGCCCGGCUCAUUGUUGCUGACAAGAAGGUGUUGGAGCUACAGCAGCAGCUAAAGAGCGCCCAGCACCAGCUGCGUGUGGAGGAAGCCCGGGCGGGGGAGAGCAGCCGCCUGGAGAGGGACAGCAGAGAUCUGUCCGACACCUUGUCAGCCCUGAGAGCCCAGCAGCAGGAGGAGCACAUCACCAGGAAGCUGGUAGAGCAGCGUGAGGAGGAGCUGCAGCAGCAGGUGCGCUCCCUGAGGCUGAAGGAGGCCUCCAUGACGCGGGCAAACGCAGAGCUCAGCCACCGCGCGCAGCAGCUGGACACACGCCUGGCUGUGUUAGAGGCGGAGCUCAGCAAGGCCAGAGAGGAGGCGAGAGACAGCCAGAAGUCCGUUAACAGACUGCAGGAGGAGCUGAUGGCCAGUCAGCAGGAGAGUGACAGGCUGCACGGGGAGCUGCAGCAACUCCUCCUCCAACUGGACACACACAUCAGGAAGUACAACGAGAAGCAGAGUCAACACAAGAGCAAGCUGCGUCAGGCCAAGCAGGUGUUCCUCAAGGAGACAGCGCAGAGGGAUCGCAUCAUCCAGACACUGGAGAACGACCUGAUGCUGGCCUCCAGCCUCUCUCACAAGGAGAAGGAGCGGAUCCACACAGUGACGGAGGAGAAUGAGAAGCUUUUGGGGGAGAAGAGGGAUUUGUCGAGGAAGAUAAGCGAGGCAGAGGAAAUGGGCAGCAACGGCAUGCGGACCGCCUCCACUAUCCAACACAGGGUCAACGUGUUAGAAGUAGAAAACAGACAACUUCAGGAUCGAUCCCUGAAGCUCUCCAACCAAGUCGGUUCCUUAGAGCGAGCCCUGAGGAACGUCCAGUCUUACUACAGCCUGGAGAAUGCCAAGAAAGUGAUCCCCUCUGAAAAUCUCAGUGAUGGCUUCCCACAUACAUCUGCGCUAAGUCUGACGUCAGGCUCGUGUGACACUCUGGACAUCCUGGAUGCAAUCUGCCGUGUGAAGGUGGGCGGCCCCCGGGUGUCCAGCCACCAGCCAUCGGAGCAGAGCUACCUGAAUCUCACCUCCCCAUUGGUUCCUCCAGACAUCAGAGGCCCGGAGGGGGGCUCUAAUAACAGUGAGCAGGUAUGAGAGGUGGGAGGUUUACGUAGGGACGUUGCCUGUGUUUGCGACAGAGAGCGAUCAAGGAGGAUCAGAUCUGACCUUUUUCUCCACUAAAAUGAGUUCUGUUCAAGUUUUGUGCCGGGGCUAGUGUCGGAUUUAGUUCAGCUUGCAAGCUUCCUAAGAACCCGUUUGCUUUUCCACUGACUAGAUCCCGAGAGGAGCCCCGUCAUGACGACAUCGUGUAUGUCACAGCUUUUACGCCAGUGCACAUUUUUCUCACAAUAAGAACAAUGAAAGAAUGCAUCAGAGCUGAGCUCCUUUUGCACUUACUCUUAUGAAGCAACAUUGAAUUGCAAGACCAUUUUCUCCUUGUCUCCAGCAACUCUCUACUGCUCUUCGUACACACAAUGAACUGUUGUUGCUCCAAGUAUUCUCGCUCCAGCCUCUGACGAAUACGGCUCUGGGCUCUUGGUGCAGGCCGAGCAAAAAGUCGGUGCUCGAGUUGAACCAAUUUUCAGUGGAAACAGGAAAAAGUGGAUUCAAAAUGUGGCUCCAACUCUAAACCCGCCUUGGAAAUGCCUCUUGAAAAAGCACUAAAGGUCAAGUAAUCCGCCACUUCCAUUAGAGACUCAAUAUCUCAAAAUAAUAAAUAAUCCUUGUUAAAAGGCAGUAAUAAUGAACGGGAGCUGGCGCUGCAGCUCUGCUCAGGGUGAUAUCUGUUUUGUAUUGAAAAGUAGAAGCUUGUUUGGCUUAUUUUUUUAAGUCCAAAGUGAUAAUGUGAGGGAUUUUAAAAAGGCAUGUGCAAGUGUCAAAACAUUUGAAUGACAAACAGGGUGUAAUGAGAGCUUUGAUUUGGGCGGCACAACCUUAUACAGUAUGUUUGCCCCAAUGUGUGCAUACGCCUGGAGGUUGUUUAGUUUUAGUUUGCUUUCACGAAAAGUAUACAUUUUUUAUAAUGUCGAGGUACAAAAUAAGACAAUGUAAUUCACAUGACACAGCGAAUGUCAAAAAGACAUUUAACAACGAAGAUUUGUUUGAGUUUUAAAAUGAGCACUUUAUAUGAAGUUUACUUUUUUUUGUGUGGAAAAUGUAGCAGUGGAUACUAACGGUAUAUCAAUAGAAUAUAUUUCCUCCAGUUACUUCUUGCAGUGUUUUCAAUGAAGAAAUGCCUUAAGUGUUGUUUUUUGAGUUUUUAAGGUGUCAAACCAUCUUAAAACACAUCAACAUUCUUACAAGUUUACAAAGUCGUACCUAUUGUAAACAACAUUGAUAAUAUUGCGAUCUACUUUAUGUAUAAUAAAAGACUGUGUGGUAACAGAGUCCAAACAUGGGGGUCCUCUCCCAAACCCCUCCCUCAUAUAGCUUCUCAGCUGCUGACACUCCAGUAUUUACGAUAUGCAGCUUUGCCUGUGGCAAUUCCAAGAGAUUCUUUUUGUCUAUUUCAAGCAACGAAAGCUGUUUUUUUUUAUACAUUGGUCAACCUCAGUGGUUUCCUCCAGGGACAUUCAAUCACAAAGUACUCUUGUACUAAAGAGACGUGUGUCAUGGGAAUAAAAUACACUUUUUCAUACCACCAUUUGUUGUCACUAAUAGAAUUGUACACUAUGAAAAUGUGCCUGAAAUUAUGAAGUGUUUGUCUUUAUCUUGCUGCUGCCUGAACAAGAAAAGCCUUUUUGCGACUGACAUGUAAACUGAAAUCUAAUCAGCAUAAAUAUUUGACUUUUGUUGUAUCUUUGUAAAUACUUUUUUAAACAUACAAAUAUUUUCAUAAAUAAAAAGAAAUG